AUGGCUGUGACAAUAGCGGUGCCGACCGAGGUUCGACGGGGCGGGAAGCGUGUCCGUGACGAGGUGCGGCGGCUGCAGGAGGCGUACCCGACGCUCGACGGGGAGACUGUGGCCGAGGUGUAUCACAGCGAAGACGGCAACGCACGCGCUGCACGGGACAUCCUGGCCAUGUUGGUUCUGACUCAGACGGCGGAUCGAGCCGAGCAUCAUCGUUCCGGUGCUGAUCAUGUUCUCGAUCCGGCGGAUGUGGCCGAGCUGGUCAACGCCUUCCCGGCUGUCGAUGCCGGGCUGGUGGAAGCUCUGCUGAGCGAGGCUGCCGGCGAUGUAGAGGAAGCAACCCGGUCUCUUGUUGUCCUUGCUGCCGAUGCGCGGGAGCACGCGGCGCGAGUCGAGGUCGACGUCGAGGCGGCGGUGAACGAGGUCCUCGCCCGCUUUCCGCAUCUGGAUGCCGCCGCCGCUGCGGUCUUGCUCGAGGACGAGGGCUACAAGGUGGACGCUGUGCUCGCGCUGCUUGCCGAGUUUACGCCCGACGGUGAGGAUUGUGGUGGUGGCGAAGACGGCGAGGACCGCGAUGAGCAAGACGCCAUCGGCGGGCGGCCCGAUACUUGCAUGGCGCUUGCGGAGCACUUUCCCUCAGUCGACGCCGCAGUUGUUGCCAUGGUGCUCGAUGAGUGCGACGGCGAUGCCGAGGUGGCAGCUGAGCAGCUGAGCAUGCUCUCGCCGCAGCGUGCACCCGAGUUAGAGCCGCACAAGGCGCAGCAGCGCGAGAUGGAUCUUGCAGUGCUUGGCAGCGAGUUUCCAGAGGCCGACCUCAACGCAGUGGCGGCGGCGCUGGACGGUGCGGACGGGCGAGUGGCGACGGCACGACACGCGCUCGCGGAUGCAAGCUCGAGUGUGGUAGCGAUGAGCUCGUCGGGGUGGGGCCGGAAGGCGGCGAGCGCGUCGAUCGGGUUGGUGGUGGCCGGGCUGGACACUGAGUUUGCGGCCGGCUCGCUGACAUCGCCCGUGGCUAAGCUUGCGGCAGCCGAGAGCGACUUUGAUAUGUUCUCGGCCAUGUUUCCGGACGUGGAUGACGAGGCACUGGCGGUGGUAUGGGAAGACGCCGGCGGGGCGCUCGGCGACGCGCUCGACCUUGCCCUUGAUCUCAUCCACGGGACCGACCACUCGAGCCAGGGCGGCGGCGAGGCGGAGGAGGUUGUGCUUGACGACGGGCUCGUGGCCAAGCUCUGCGCCACGUUUGAGGACGUGGAGCCGUCGACGGUGGUGGCUGUCCUGGAGUCUGCCGGCGGCGACGUUGAGGCGGCGACGUCGUCGCUGGCGGCGAUGGUGGCGGAGGAUCUGGCCAGCAGCAGUAGUGCAGGCGCAGGCGCAGGCACUGGCGCAGGCGACGCCGAGUUUCCUGCACUUGGCGGGAGGCAGACGGCGCUGUCGACGCGCGGGACGUGGGCGCGGCACACCCGCGGUGCGGUCGGACCGCGGAUCAAGUACGUCGGCCCGCGGGCGAGCAGCAGCGGCAGCGGCCUGACCAAGGUAUCGAUGGCAGUGCGGAUGCGGCGGGCGCGGCUCCACGACGAGCUGCAGUAUACAGAGGUGCCUGCAGCGGUCAUUGACGAGACGUUUGACUCGCUCGAGUUUGAUGUCGACGCGACGGUGGAGACGCUGGCGCGCGUGUACCCGGGCGUCCAUGCCAUGGUGGCGAAGCGGCGAGCCAAGGCCGAGGCGAAGCGGCGGGCGGAAGCAGCAGCAGCAGCGGCGGCCGAGGCAGCGGCGCUUGCGGCGCGCCCACGGCCGGUCUUGCUUGUGCGGCCGGUGGCGGCCGAGCCGUACCGACGGUCGCAGUUUGCGCAUCUCAAUGCGGCGGCACCGGCGCGGAGUGCGGGCGAGACCGAUGCCAUGUGCCGCGAGGCCAACGCGCUCGCGCGGCAGCGCAACGCUGCGUUUGCGGCAGCGGCGCAGGCGUUCCGCAGCGGGAACAAGUCGCUCGCCUCGCGGCUCGCCUCGCAGGGUCGCGCCCUCGACGUCGAGAUGCGUGAGGUCAACGCACAGCGCGUGAGCUCGAUCCUUGGCGCGCAGGACGCGUUCUCGGCCACCGGCCACUCGCUUGACCUGCACGGCCUGUUUGAGAAGGAGGCCAUCAAUGUGCUCGCCCGCUACCUGCUCCAGCACCGGCGGAGCUGCAACGAGCCCAACUGCGGCGUGCGGGUCAUCACCGGCGUCGGCAACCACUCCAAGACCAAGGCUAAGAUUCGGCCGGCCGUUGUCCGCUACUUUCGUGACAACCGCAUCUCGUUCCGCGAGGAGGCACCCGGCGUGUACCGCGCCAAGGUCCGCGGGCGACGCAGGCGGUGAGCAUCGGGCUCUCGCGGGGCUCCAGGCAGAGACUUCUUUCAUGUACUGGUCAACCUCUAGCGCACACAGGUACGAGCAUCACAUCGAGUACAAACAAAACAAGGGGCACGGUGCGACGCCAGAGCAGCAGCGUUGCAGCAGCUGGCUGGCGGCAGUUUGGCCACGCCUUGCGGCAUCUAGCGCGUCCAGAGCGCCCACGCCUCGACACCCAGACCAGCAAGUCUAUGAGCAGGCGACAGAGCUCGGCUCGGCAUGCUGGUGGGUGUGGGCGUAGUGGUGGUGCUGGAUGAGGUCCUCGGACGAGGGCGCAGAGUAGCCGCAGCCCGGGCAGGGGCAGACAAACGAGAUCGACUGCUCCGACGGCUUGCUCUGCAACGCAGCCAUGUUGACCAUGCCGCCGCACCACGAGGUGCGGUACGAGGCGAGCGGGCCCUGGCCAAACGGCUUGCCGCCCGAUCCCGUGCACUGGAACCGGCGGAUGUACUUGUGCAGGAGCUCAGCAUCGUGAUGCGUCUGCCGCGGCGGGUGCGACUCGGCCCGGUGCAUCUUCUCCGCCAGUCGGCUCGAGAAGCUCGCGUGGCACGAAGGGUAUGUGCAUUGGAACUGCCCGUACG